UCUGUGGUUCCAGAGGAGGCUUCCCAGAUCAAAACAGACUGGGAGAAUUCCCACUCUUCCACCUGUUCUAUAGAGAAAGAUAGAAGUUCUGCGUCUUCCCGGCGAGAUAACCUCUUUGCAGCAUGGCAAUGGAAUGCAUCAAUAACUGCUGCAAAAGCUUCCAAGGCAAAGACAAGGCAAUCAAACAGCAAGUGAUAACGGUGAAGAUGUCCCCUGCCAGAGCCAUCUCAGGUGACCCCAGGAAGAGUGUAGGGGUAUCGGAGGACUAUCUCCUCUCUAAACUCCCCCCGGGUGGGAAAGAGGUUCCCUUUGUCAUCCCCACGUUCAAACCUUCCUACAUCCAACCGCCAGGCUCACGUUACCUCGGCAACCAGACACCGUGGCUACACACCAGUAGCGCCUAUGCAGAGAGGAAGGCUGAGCUGUCAGGGGACAGUCAUAUUAUCUAUAACCCGGACUCCUCCCCCAACAUGUGUCCCAGGACAACACCACACAGCACCCUGAAAAAGACUCCCCGUGGAUCAGGUGGGAAUAUGAAGACUGGAACACAGAGUCUGAGUAAAUCUAUGUUUAAUCUGUCUAACCCCAGCCUUCACAGCCACAUACAGUGGUAUGACAGUGUGUCCAACGUCCAGAGCAGCAGUGGUUCGUCCUCUACGAGGGACUCCCUGGGGAGCAGCCGUAGUCUUGAGUCCAUCACGUUGUCAGGCGAUGAGAGGGAGCAGAGGGAGCUGGGGAUGGUGUGUGUCCGGCUGAGUUACCAGGAGGCCCUGGAGCAGGUGUGGAUCACGUUGGUACAGUGUAAGGAUGUGUCCCUCGUCCAGAACAGCAGUGAGCAGCAGCAGAUUAGCUUUAAAGGCAUCAUCACUAUGAGCAAACCAGUACAGUUCAAGAGCUCCGUCAAGGAAGGUUCUCCGGACACAGUCUUCAUGGAGACCUUUGUGUUUACGUUGCGGCUGCAGCAGCUGCGUUGCAGUGCUCUGGUAUUCCGGCUGCAGACCCACCACCCCAGGAAGAGAACGGUGGCAGAGUGUGUCCUCUCCCUCAGACAGCUGGGCCCUGAGGAGACACAGCACUGGAUGGAGCUCAGCCCCCCCUCCAAGACCACUGUGUGUCACGCUGAGCUGCACCUGGCCACCUGUUUCCAGCCUGUUAACGGACGCAUCCAACUGCAGGUCCUCGCUGCCCAGAACCUCCCUGCUCCACUCAGCCAGGCGUUCUUUGUGAAGAUAUUGAUGCAGCUGCAGGGCACGGUGGUGAUGAAGAAGAAGACUCACACCCUAAAGUCCUCCGGAGGUCAGCUGACCUGGACUGAGUCUUUCUACUUCCCCUUCGCUUUGGACCAGGGCUUCCUGCUGUCAGUCAAACUCUACAGCCGCAGUUCUGUCAGACGGAAACACUACCUAGGACAGGUUCACCUUGGCUUCGACAGCCCAACACAGGAAGCAGCAGAGCAGUGGAGGGACAGCAUUUCUCACCCUGAGAAGAUGGUGGCUGUAUGGCACAGACUCAACGGAUUCUGACACACCUGUAUAAAUUCCCACAGUGUCCCAAAGGAGUUGACAGCCUCACCUGUAUCGCCACCUGUACUGCCACCCAGUGGUAUAAAGUACUUAAGUAAAAAUACUUUAGUAGUUUUUGGAGGUAUCUGUACUUUACUUUACUAUUUAUAUGUUUGCCAACGUUUAAUUUGACUUCACUACAUUCCUAAAGAAAAUAAUGACCUUGUAUUAUUUUGUAGAUAAAGUAUGUAGAUUACUCAUUUAUGUUGCAUAGACUUGUUUUGUGUUGUAUGUUCAGUUGAUAUAAUAU